GGCGGGGGAGGUGCGUCGACUCUCUAGGUCACAUCUGCGCGAGGAGGUUUCCACGAACUCUGUGGUCUGUGCUUCCGCUCCGGGUAAGAGAGCCGCCCCCUUCCGGCAUCCUGGGCCCGCCCCGACGCCGGCGGUGACGGAAGCGCGCUGGGGGUGACCUCACCCUCCAACAUGGCGGCGGCGGUAGAUUAGGGCCGCGGGUCGAAGCAGCCACUGCCGCUGGGGGGAACCCUGUCGGAAGCAACUGCCGCCGCCGCCUCCUCUUUCAUCUCUUCUGGGGCAGGGGCCAGGGCCAGGUCUGACACAUCUGUAAGUAGACCUCUGGGGAGCUCUGCCAGCCAAGUCAAUGGCGUCUUCUACUACAGUGCCUCUAGGAUUUCACUAUGAAACAAAGUAUGUCGUCCUCAGCUACUUGGGACUCCUCUCUCAGGAGAAGCUGCAAGAGCAACGGCUUCCCUUACCCCAAGGGGCUCAACUAGGUGCAGCUGCACAGUCUGUGGACCCAGAAGUUUUAUCAGCAGUUAAAUCUGAAAUUGAAGAAGAGCUAAAAUCCCUGGACAAAGAAAUUUCUGAAGCCUUCACCAGCACAGGCUUUGAUCGUCACACUUCUCCCGUGUUCAGCCCUGCUAACCCAGAAAGCUCAAUAGAAGAUUGCUUGGCCCAUCUUGGAGAAAGAGUGUCCCAAGACCUGAAAGAGCCUCUGCGUAAAGCACUGCAAAUGCUCCUCAGCCAGCCAGUGACAUAUCAGGCAUAUCGCGAAUGUGUACUGGAGACUGCAGCUCAUGCCAGCGGCUGGAAUAAGAUCUUGGUGCCUCUGGUUUUGCUACGACAGAUGCUUUUGGAGUUGACAAGACGUGGUCAAGAGCCUCUGAGCGCACUGCUGCAGCUUGGCGUGGCAUAUCUAGAGGAGCACGCAGCGGAGUACAUCAUUCAGCAAGGCGGCUGGGGCGCUGUCUUCAGUCUUGAGUCCGAGGAGGAGGAGUACCCUGGCCUCACUGCAGAGGACAGCAACGACAUUUACAUUCUGCCCAGCGACAACUCUGGACAAGUCAGCCCCCCCGAGUCUCCAACCGUGACGACCUCCUGGCAGUCAGAGAGCCUGCCCGUGUCCCUGUCCGCGAGCCAGAGCUGGCACACGGAAAGCCUGCCCGUGUCUCUCGGCCCUGAGUCCUGGCAGCAGAUUGCCAUGGAUCCUGAAGAAGUCAAAAGCUUGGAUAGCAAUGGAGCUGGGGAGAAGAGUGAGAACAACUCUUCCAACUCCGACAUUGUGCAUGUGGAGAAAGAAGAGAUUCCCGAGGGCGCGGCGGAGGUGGCCGGGGCCGCCGCCCUGCCAACCGGGGAGCCACCAGAGGCGCAGCCCGGAGCCCCCGCUCCCUUGGUUCCGCACGUCACUGCCACUUCUUUGCCGCAGACGAGGGCACCUGACCUGGAAGGGGUCUCGGUCAGGGGAGCCAGCCCUGCUGCGUCUCUGCUCCUGAAGCCUGGUGAAGAAGAGGUGCGAGCAGCAGCCGCGGAGCCUCGGGGGGCGGACGAGGGGGCGGCCCCUGUGAGCAAGGAGAGGCCCGGUGGGGAGGCACCCCCGGCCCGCGAGGUGCAGGCCUUCCCCGCGCCCGAGGGCAAGUCUAUACUGCUGUUCGGAGGGGCCGCCGCUGUGGCCCUCCUGGCCGUGGCAGUCGGGGUCGCGCUGGCUCUGAGAAGGAAGUAGCGGCUUUUUCAGAGGAGAAGGCCGAUGCAAAGGGUCUCAGGUUUUAGUUGUGUUGGCUGGAUUUGAGCUGCCAGCAGCUGACGGGACAUUUAUGGAACGCUGAGAGAAUUGGGGUGUCUGCGCAACGAGGCCGCGGCCUGAGCCACACGCAAGGGCCGGGUGGGUGGAGUGCGUUCGCUGUGGUCUGCCUGUCAGUUCCCAGGGCCUCGGCCCGGGCUGCGUUCCGAAUCACGGCUGCAGUGCUCCCUCUGCAACAGGGUUCUUGGCAAUUCCAUGAUGCGUUAGGCCAUCCUGUGCUCCGGGGGUGUCCGCAGCAGCCUGGCCUCUGCCCACUAGAUGCCGGUAGCACCCACUCCCCGGGAGGAAACCAAAAAUGUCUCAGACAUUGCCAAAUGUCCCCUGUGGGCAGAAUCAUCCCCGUGGAGGUCCGCUGCUUUAGAGGGAGAGGGGUACUUUAGGAAAACCUGGUAGAGUCUCCCGCUUAGCUGGGGAGCUGCGUCCGCCCCCACGGGCAGCCCGUGUUCCGCAGCUGCCCCUCUUCCGCCCCCCCCCCACCCCAUAGGGUGAGGGCGCUGCCCCCGCGUCGCACCACCUCAGGGUCUACGCCGCUGUUCUGCCCGGGGCCCGCUCUGGGCCGUGGGAGAGGGCGCGCCCGCCCCACGCCACCACACCCGAUGAGCCCAAGGCUCCCUGCAGCCCCCCUUUGCAGAGAGGCUGCCUUUCGGAAGCUUGAGAAAAGCUGAGAACAGAAGAACGAGACCUAGGGUUCCCAGCCUGCAGGUUACUGGCGCAGAGGUAUCUGUCUGUAGAGGCCAGAGGAUGGCCUGAGCGACCUGCUGGGCCUCGAGCCCUUUCCGUCACGGUCACCCACUUGCCUACAGUGACUCGCCAGCAGCGCCGGGGGUCACACGCUGGGUGCAGCCCUGGGUUAGUAUGUUUCUCCCAGUAUCUGGCCUGCCCUAGGACUGGGCGCCCAGCUCUGGGGGUCUCUUACUACGUGGUGAGGAUUGUCAUCCUCGGACUUAGAGUGAAUUGGGUCACAACUUACUGGCUAUCAUUGAAAUAAAGUGAGAUUUUAUCAGUCCCAAAUAUCACUGAAAUUUAAGGUGAGAAUAAAAAGCUUGAGCUUCAAGUGUGAGGCUCCCGUGAGGUUCUAGUCUGGCCUUCACCGUACAGGGACGGAGGCCUCUUCCCCCGAACUCGGCACAGCCCAGAUGCCAGGGCGGGAGGCCGGGGGGCCCAGGCCACCGUGCCAGUGGAGGCGCAGCGUGCGUUUCUGUCUCCCUGCCGAUGCCAUCCCUCCGCGAGGGCUGGAGCUGUGUCCUUUCAUUCUGCGGCCACAGUGACUGCAGGGCCCGCAAGCCGGAGAAGUCAUCUCAGAUUUACCUUAGUUGAUGUAACAAAUUACUUUUUAGAUCCUGAAAUUUAUAAUAAAAAUACUUUACCUACCCUGA